AUGGUACCUCAAACCGAACGCAAGCCUGCACCCUUCGGAACGUGGGAAAGCCCUAUAUCCAGCCAUCUCCUAUCAGCACGUUCUGUCUCACUUCUCGGGCUGGAUGUGCUAUACCAUCUCGAAGGCCGCCCCGCUGAAGGAGGCCGUUGCUGCAUCGUCGAACAUGACUUGUCACCAUCUGGCGAUAUUACAAGCAGAGAUGUCCUUCCUGCAGAAUAUAGUGCCCAGACCUCUAUCCACGGCUACGGCGGGACACCGUUCAUCGUGAACCCCGCUACAGGCGACUUGAUCUUCACUGAUGGCAGAACGAAAGGAGUGUAUAUCUUAUCUCCGGAAUCAGGAGAAGUCAAACCAAUUAUCGAUGUAGAUCCCAGCUCGCCAACAACACCAGUGCGCUAUGCGGAUUUUCAUGUCUGCGCUUCGGAGCCGAAUUGGGUCCUCGCCGUCGAGGAGCGAGGAGCAGGCAGUGACGAAAUCGAUAGAGUCAUUGCGAUAGAGAUAUCUACAAAAAAGCAACAUGUAAUUGCCGAAGGGGCGGAUUUCUACUCAAACCCACGCUUUAGCGCUGAUGGAAAGCGUGUCUGCUGGGUGCAGUGGAGUCAUCCCGAUAUGCCCUGGACAGGAUCCCUGCUUUAUGUAGCGGAUUGGCUUGGUGAUGGGAAAAUUGAAAAACCUGUUUAUAUUGCAGGGGAGGCUCUUAAAGAGAGUAUUCUCGAGCCUAGAUGGGGUAUAGAUGGGACGUUGUUCUUUGUUAGUGAUCGUACGGGCUAUUGGCAGCUAUAUCGUCUCGAUGUCGGGGCCUCGGCGGCAAGGAGGGUGAAUUUGAAGGGACUGGAAGAGGUCGAAUUCUCAGGAAGGAACCCUGCAUUGGGAAGCUAUACCUACGCCUCUAUGACUGCCACGACCAUCCUAGCAGCAGUCACUAUCCGAGCUGCAAACCGUCUGGUAGUCAUUGACCUCAAGACGGAAACUUUCCAAUUCCUCGAUUCAGAUCUUAUCGAAAUUCGCUUCAAUGCUCUCAGAAAGCUAACCGACACCAAGUUCGCCAUCAUCGGAAGCACAGCGCGAUUUCCCAACUCCCUGUACGAAUUGGACCUCGCUAAUCCUUCAUAUAAACGACUCAUCAAGACAUCUGCAGAAGUUGACCCGAUCCUUUCUACUUUCUUCUCAGAAGCCAGACAUAUCUCUUUUCCCCGAGUAUAUGGAGAAGCCCAAGGGGAACAAGCUCAUGCGUUCUUCUUACCGCCUCAGAAUCCGAACUAUCAAGGUACCCCAGGUUCCCUCCCGCCUCUGAUUGUCUGGGCCCAUGGCGGGCCGAGCAGUCAUGUCCCUCCAGGCUUGGCUAUGAGGGAUCAGUACUGGACUUCCCGAGGGUACGCGGUGGCCUUGCUCAACUAUACCGGUUCUACCGGCUACGGACGUCGCUACCGUGAGCGAUUGGACGUCAGCUGCGUGGAGUAUCUCGCAUCUACCGGGCAAGUUGACCGUACUCGAGCCGGAAUCAUGGGCCCCAGUGCAGGCGGUUAUACUGUACUGCAAGCGCUGUGCGUCUAUCCUGAUGUCUUCGCGAGCGGCAACAGUGAGUACGGAGUUGGCGACCUGAGAGCCUUGGCGGAGGAUACACACCGAUUCGAAAGUCAUUAUCUUUUUGGAUUGGAUGAGAAAAACCGUGUCUACAAGGAACGCAGUCCUUUGUUCAACGCGGAUAAGAUCAAGAGUCCCCUCCUACUGCUGCAGGGCGAUGCGGACAAAGUAGUUCCCCCAAACCAGGCCAAAGAUAUGGAGCAGGUCAUCAAGGAAAAGGGAGGAGAUGUGAAGUUGAUUAUCUUCGAGGGAGAGGGUCAUGGCUUUGCACAGAGCGCUUCAGUGCGAAGAGCCGUUGAAGAGACAGAGCAAUGGUUUCGAAGAACGUUGGUGAGAUCUGAGUAG